CGCCAUGUUUGUCCACAUGCACGCUCACAUUCAGUGUAAUUAAAGAGUUUAGUGUGGAUACGCUGUAGCUAAAGCAGUCAUGGAUCUCUGUGGAGAGACUGCAGUGUGUCACCUAGAUCUGUUCUGUAUUUGGAGUAAAUGAAGCUGCCAUCCGUACAAAAUAAGCCCAAGAGAAGACACCCCUGCAGACCGUGUUUGGACUCUCAUUCUGACGGCACCCAUUCACCACAGAGGAUCCACUGGUGAACAAGUGAUGCAAUGCUACAUUUCUCCAAAUCUGAUGAAGAAACAAACUCAUCUACAUCUGGGACGGCCUGAAGUGUGUUACUAUUUGGCCUUGAAGAGUGGUUAUGAAUUGGUUGCACCCACACAUAUACAAUAUAACACCUCAUCUCUCUCUCUCUCUCUCACACACACACACACACACACACACAGAGAGAGAGAGAGAGAUGGGGGAUGGGCGACAUUGGAGACAAGAAGCAGAGAGGAGGGGUGAUGUUGUAAAACACACGACUGCUAUUGGAUGGACUGCAUGAUUAUUAUUAUGUAUCAGCAGAAGGAUACUGUCAUGCAGCAUCUUUCUCAGCUCUGACACUGCAAAGCUUUUAUUUUGCCAUUUCUGCUUGAAUUUUUCUGUGAUCCGGUUGUAGAUCGCCCAGCGAAGAUGCAGGUAAACACAUGAGCAAGGGCAGAGAGAUACAGUGAGAAAAAUGCAGCAUUCAUCAAGACCUCAUUAUUCUACACCACAUAUGAAGAUGCUGGAGCCACAUGUGCUGUUGUCAUUUGAAAUCAGUCUAAACUGACUUCAGAUAAAGCGGCUCGGAUGGCAGGCGCUGAGCUUUGACUAGAUGUCAACACAAUCCCAUGCUGCACUGCUCACAGAAUGGACUCCGAUGGUGAUGGCAAAGAGGAAUGGACAGAGGAGCAAUGGGAGAAAUGGUUGACCCAUGACAUAGGUUUGGAUGGAUUUGAAGAUGAGGACCUGUCUGAAAUCACAGAAAUCAAGGAUGAAUUUGCACUGAGGUCCAGACGCAAUGACUCUGACAUCAAGGAUCAUGUGAUCCAGGCACCCAAUAGCAGCCUGGACGAGGUGGAGGCAGGCGCAGCGGGUCAGAUCCAGGCAGAGACACAUCCUUCACAUCUUACUGAUGCUGCCCACAGGAGCCAAAGAGUGGCUUGUCGACACGACGGCAAAGCAUCAAUGGACUCUGCCGUUCCUGUCAGCAUGGAUACCUACCGUCCAAAAAGACCCACCACUCUCAACUUAUUCCCACAGGUGCCACGGACUCAGGACACUUUAAACAACAACUCAUUUGCGAAGAAGUACAGCUGGCAGCAGAAAGUCUCCCAGACCUUGCCGCCCCUUAAAACAGGUGAACGUAUGCCAUCUCGUGAACACACAUGUCUGAGCGACGAGGAGAAGCACCAGCCGGCUCAGAGUCGGACUCAAAUGAAAGACUGCGGCACCUCUACUGACAAGCCCAACAGCUGCCCCUCCAAACACACUCAAGCCCCAUACAGAGCCAGAGACGUGCACAGAGAAGCGGGCCACUGCGAGCGCAUCCGUUAUCACACAGACGUCCGGCUUGAGCCAACGGAGGAGAUCUUUCUGACGCCGAUACAACGCUGUACUCAGGGUCUGGAGCACGAGAGAACGCCGGCGCUUUCCCAAGCAAUCGUAGACAGCUCUGACAAUGAAGCUCCCCCUCCGUACAGCGAACAGGAUCUGCAGCCGCCUUCCUAUUCCUCCUGUGUGGAAGCUUUGGCUGCUGUGGACCCUGAUAGUAGCGGUGAAGAAGCAACUGGAGCGGAAGAUCUGUGUUAUAGAAACUGCGGUGCAGGCGAGGCUCAUGCCCACCGCGAGAGUUCGUCGGGAAUGCUGCGGACCUCCAUGAGCAACUCGGAUGUGAGCGGACUUUCGUACGAUUCAGUCAAAUAUACGCUGGUCGUGGACGAGCACGAUCAGCUGGAACUCAUCAGCUUGAAAGAGUGUUAUCGCGGAUACAGCGAUGAAAGCGACUCGGUCACCAUCUACGAUAACUGUGUCUCCUCUCCAUACGAGUCGGCCCAUGAGAAAGAGGAUGAGGAGGAUGAGAAUGAGAAUGAAGACGGGGGAAGAAAACAAAGCGGGAGCAAACAGGACGCUUCGACGUGUCUGUCAGAGGACUCCACGCCUGAGGCCGACAUGCAGUUUUCUCGGAAAUUUGUUAACGUUUUCAUGAAAGGCUGCUCACGCUCCUCCAGUACAGAAUCUUUUGGCUUGUUUUCCUGCAUAAUUAAUGGAGAAGAGAGAGAACAGACGCACAGAGCCGUGUACAGGUUUGUCCCUCGUCAUGACGACGAGCUGGAGCUGGAGGUCAACGACCCUCUGCUGGUGGAGCUGCAGGACGAGGAUUACUGGUACGAAGGCUACAACAUGAGAACCGGAGCACACGGCAUCUUUCCCGCUUAUUACGCCACCGAGGUCUUCAAGGAGCAAGAGCUUGCUUUAGAUGAAAAAAGUUCUGAAUGGAUGGAGAAAUAUACGAUGAAAUUCCUCGGCUCGGUUCAAGUGCAGAAUCACAAAGGCAAUGAUGUUUUGUGUGCAGCUAUGCAAAAGAUUGCGAUGAACAGGAGACUGACGGUCCAUUACAAUCCUCCCUCAUCCUGCAUCCUGGAGAUAAACGUGAAGGGACUCAAACUCACGGUGCAGGAUGAUUUCGACAUGAGCAGCCAAUAUAGUCACUUUUUCCAUUUGAAAAACGUCUCAUUUUGCGGCUAUCAUCCCAGAAACAAGAAGUAUUUUGGCUUUAUUACCAAACAUCCAGCAGAUGAGAGGUUCGCCUGUCACGUCUUUGUGUCUGAGAACUCCACUAAACCGCUUGCAGAGUCUGUGAGGAAAGCUUUCCAUUUGUACUAUAAGGAGUUUGUGGAGGUCUCGUGUCCAACAGAAGACAUCUACCUGGAAUAAUCUCUGACUACAACACAGCAUUAUUACGACUAUGCUACAUGAGUAUAAGAGAAAUAAUAAUAUAUGUAUAUAAUCAAAGACUAAUAUAUCUGACAAAAAGGACCAAACGAGAUGAAGAGUGACUGACUGAGGGUUGUAAAGUGAUGCACAUGACCUGAUUUUGUGUCAGAAUUCGUCAGAAUGAUGCACAAAAGAACCCUAUGAAAAAUUGUACAGUAUAAAAGGCUGAAAUUAUUUUCCGGGAUAUUGAGGAUUUUGGAUGCGGCUUUCAUCCGUUUCUCUGCUCUUGCUGCUGCGCUGCACGUCAGGCAUCAUAGAGGAUAUUUUUUCAUAGCACAGAACCAUACAUUCUCGUAAAAUAUUAGUAAAACCUAUUAACGGUAACCAGUUUGAGACAAACAAAUCUGCCAUUUCAGCUGUUUGUGAUGUCUUGAUGUCUGUUGCAUUUUACAGGUAUACCAGCAUAAUUCAGUCCUAAAACAAGCCUGUAAAGUGAAGUUCAUAAGUAUUAUUCAUUUGAAAUCCUAAAAUAGGACUUCUUUGUUACGAAGUUAGUCACCAAAUGAAAAACAGAUCUAUAAAUAACAACAAAGGAGUUGUAAGGCAAUUUUAUCAUAUUAAUAGAAGUCAUUAACAGUUGAUCAGAAAAUGUUUUAGGACUUUCAGUAUUCUAUUUGGAUCAUGACAUUCCCUCUUAUAAGUGCA